AUGAAAUUGACCGCUACUUUGCUCCUUCUCGCUUCUCUCGCGACUUCGGGAUUCGCCAAGAUAGCCGCUGGAUCGGGUGACUUCGCUGUCACUAUCAAUGGCAAGACCUACAACCCUGACGCGGGGAAGAGUGCCAAACCCGAUAAACUCUCUACUUGUACGGGCGCGAUCCAAGUUAGAGGUGUACACGUAGGGUACGAUAUAGAUUGCGCUACGCUCGAGGUCAAAGAUUAUACUCUUACUGGUGCUCUUGAUGCUAAACGAAUGGUGAAUCGACCAACUAUCAUCUUCUCAUCCAAAACACCCGUAUUGUCCUCGGCGCAAUUGAAGGGAACUACGAUCGCAGAUUUCGAUCUUCGAGAUGACGGCUUCAACAUCAUCUUCAAGACUGGUGCAGGAAAGUUCAAGAUCCAAUCCAAAGACGGUGCACAAGGUGGUAUCUUUCAGAUGGAAACUGAAUUCGCCAAUAACGUAGAUUUCGUACAUACCCUUGGACCUGAAUUGUUCUACUUUAAGAAUGCUGUUACGGGUAAAAUCAACUUUGGUAACGGUGUAUCUGCCGAUCCGACUCAUAAGAUGUUGUUAGGUAAAGACUCCCCUCAAGUCGCCACAAAGACCUACCAAGAUGGUCGCAUCACCAAAUGGAGUGUCGCUCCCGGUGGUCGACUAGGUGGUGUACUAGGUGAAGACUCUACCGAGCUGGGAGCGGGUGCUUCCAACUGUACUUCAGAUUGUCAAGCUCAAAAUAGGAUCAACGGAUCCAUCCCACCUACUCAGGAUCCCGUUGACCCACAACCUCUUCCUGGAGCCAAGCGGGGCGUCCGGGCUGUUAUUUACAGAGAUGAUUAG